AGCUCCUGACCCGUAUCUGCAUGAUUUUAUGCACUGCAGCCACGCAAUUGGCUGAUUUGAUAAUCGAAUGUAUGAUUGUUGGUGCCAGAUGGGCUGGUUUGAGUAUUUCUGUAACUGCUGAUCUCCUGGGAUUUUCACACACAACAGUCUCUAGAAUUUACUCAUAAUGGUGCCAAAAACAAAAAACGAGUGAGCAGCAGUUCUGUGGAUGGAAAAGCCUUGUUGAUGAGAGAGGUCAACAGAGAAUGGCCAGACUGGUUCGAACUGACAAAGUAUAUGGUAACUCAGAUAACCGCUCCGUACAACGGAGGACCUGUCCCACAUCAUCGACAUCAGAGAAAGCAACCAAUGAAACCAACACGACAGAGGACUGGGGCCUUAUUAUGGAAAUCUGUGACCGGAUCGGGACAACCCCAAAUGGGGCAAAGGAUUGUCUCAGGUCAAUCAUGAAGCGAGUCAACCACAAAGUCCCUCAUGUUGCUAUGCAAGCGUUAACGUUACUAGGUGCCUGCGUCUCAAACAGUGGAAAAAUCUUUCAUCUAGAAAUCUGUUCGCGAGAGUUUGCCAGUGAAGUUCAGGGUGUGUUGAACAAGGCUCACCCAAAGGUUAGUGAGAAACUGAAGGCAUUGAUGGUGGAUUGGGGCGAACACUUCCAGAAAGACCCACAACUUAGCCUUAUCAGUGCCACCAUCAAAUCCUUCAAAGAUGAUGGAAUGACCUUUCCUGCUCCAAACACCCAGAGCUCCACCACAAAGCCCAACGGCACUCCUGCCACUAGCAGACCAGCUGAUGAUGAUGAUCUGGCCAAAGCCAUUCAGCUGUCCUUACAGGAGCAGAAGCAACAGGUGGAGACACAACCCCUCACAAUGAUCGCUGAUCCACCCUACAACACCAAUGAAGUGAAAGAGUCCCGCAAGGUACGCGCCCUCUACGAUUUUGAGGCGGCUGAAGAUAAUGAGCUCACCUUUAAGGCUGGAGAGCUUGUGCUGGUCCUGGAUGACAGUGAUCCAAACUGGUGGAAAGGAGAGAACCAUCGAGGAGUUGGGCUUUUCCCAUCAAACUUUGUCACCACCAACCUCAAUGCUGAACCGGAGCCUGAAAUGUAUGUGGAGAAGACAACAGUUCCUGAGGAACCCAGCGUUGAAGUCAAAGCUGAACCUGAGCCCGUCUAUAUAGAUGAAGAGAAGAUGGACAGAGCUCUGUACCUGCUUCAGAACACAGACCCUGCAGAUGCUUCACCUGAUGGCCCAGAAUUGGUCACAUUAGAAGAUGCUUGUGAAAAGAUGAACCCAAUGAUUGACGAGAAACUGCAAGAGAUUGACAGGAAGCAUUCAGAGUUAUCAGAGUUGAAUGUGAAGUUGUUGGAAGCUCUGGAGCUGUAUAACCAGUUAAUGAAUGAGGCUCCAAUGUACGCGCCAUACUCUAAAAUGCAGUCCCUCCAAGGCACUUACCCAGCAGCCCCUCCACCUCUCAAUAUGCAGGGUUAUCAGCAACCUGGAGCCUACAUGUCCUCUGGUCUUCCACAGGGAUAUAGUCUAAGUGUGGACCAAGCUGGAUCUCUCUCUUCCAUGCCUCCUACAGUCAAUUCAGCAGCCACCAGCCAGCAGCCUCCCUACAUCAGUGGCCAUAUGAAUGCACAGUACAUGAACCAAGCACCUGGAGGCACCGCCACUUAUCCACCACAGAUGGGUGUGGCUAUGGACAUGUCUGCCUAUCAAAACACAAAUCCUGGUCUGCCUCCAAACUCAUAUCAAAUGACAACCCCAGCCCAACCUGUCCCUCAACAGCAACAAGCAGCCUUCUACCAGCAACCCCUUCUGACAGAGAUGUAAUCCACUUGAAAGGAAGCAAGCACUUCUCUCCCAGUUAUUAACCUGAUGAAGUAGUUUUGAGGAAUGUUUUGGAUGCAUCACACUAACCCAUUACAUAAUUUUUGUCAUCUAAUAAUCACCAGCAUAUUCUUUAUAUUUCUGAUUCUGAAACUGAUACAGAUGGUAAAAUGCAAAAAGAGAGAAUUAAUUUGUAAUGGAACCUGGCAUUACAGAGAGGAAAUUAUAAUUCCAUGGAUCACCAUAUCUGCAAUGAAUUUAUGUGCCAAGACUCGGAGCACUUGUAGAAAUUCCUGCAAUCAGAAUGGCAGAACUAUGGGACCGAUUUAGGGGGGCAGCAUUAAACUGCAGUUGAAGCCAUUGCCAUUGGCUAGAGACUCAAGUAAUGUUCUUAAAUUCCUUCACCGGCUUUGCUUUUGAUUUCUAUGAAUCAAAAGUCAUCACAGAUGCAAUUAAUUUAUGGUCCAUCCAUUUGUUUCACUGUAUAAUGAUAUUUGUAAUAUGCAAGUGCCGCUUGUGUGUGCAUUGUUGGGAGUUUGCAGUUGUUCGACUUAAUGUAAGCUACAAUAUCAUUUUGAUCUGGUCUAUGAUUGAUUUCCUCAGCUGGAAAUGAUGAAUUUGUAGUUGUUUACUUCUUAUGUAUGUGGGGAAAAAAGUAGUUUUAUGACAACCUCUAACUAAAAUUGAUAAUCCCUUUAAAAUAUAGACAAAAUUUAACAUUCUUGUAAAGGUGGAAUUAUGUAGUAAAGUAUAGGCGAGAAUUGUCUUUGUUAUUUUCUUAAACUGCUUGAUAAAAGAUGUAGUAAAUUUAGAUGUUAAAUAUCUGGCUUUGUCUGUAUUGCACCUUAACUUUAUAAACAUUUAUUUACCACCAGAUGCCUUGUUCUUUUGAGAGAUGGAAUAAAAGUAGAGACCAAUUCUAAAGACUUAAUUUCAGAAGAUGCUAUAUGUUUGUAAACCUAUAUGUUAUAAGAGAUUUAGAGGGAAAUCUGUACUGUACUGUCAAAUUCCUUUUGUAUUCCUUUUCACAGUGAACUCUUAUAGUCUUCAGAUAAUAAAAACUACCUGUGUUUUAAGGUUGCUUUUCUGUAUUGAAGACUGUCCAACAUAUUCGCAAAGAAUGAUCUCUUUGAAACUGGCAUGAGCGGUGCAUUCGCUAAAACUGAUGUAAUUGUUCUUGUAAAGAUGCAGGUUAUUAUUAAGAUAUUAUUAAAAUCUUGUGCACUGAAAUUGUACACUGGAUCAACUUAUUCUAGUUGUUCAGGGCAUGGUUUGACACAAUUUUUAUUCAGUUACGCAUAGCCUCACAUGUGCAUCCUCUCAGAAUCUGAUAAACAGGCAGCCACUGCUGUGAAUGAUACAGAUUUUAAUUGAGAGGUGUCCUUGGAUGCAGCUAAAUAUGUCCUUUGCUAAUUCUCCAGACUUUAUCCUAAAUUCUUAUUAAAUUGACUAAACAUCAUAGUAUUAUCAUUAGAAUUAUAACUUAAUUAUAUGGGUCACUUUGCAUUAUUGUUCAUUUUACAGUGUAAUUAGAAAGUAUUGAGUGACAGAAAAGAGUUACUACAGAUGCAAGUCAUGGAUUGGAUAGUAUAAAACUAUUUUAACUUCCACUGUCAAACUCUAAACAUCCAAUUGAAUUUCCAGAGGAAUUUAUAAACAUGAUAUUUUUGUUGCUGUUGCUUUGAUAUCACAUUUGCCUAUUACAUUUGCACAGAUUUUGUAAUAAAAGUGGCAUUUAAUAAAGAUCAUAUAGAAACAUAAUAUAUUUCAAAAGUGUUGCCAACUAAUAGGAGAUAUUGUAUUUUUCCUUUGCAUUUUAUGGGUCAAUAUACAGUAAAAAGUGUAAAUAUAGUCUAGUGUAUAUAUUUUUGUAGAUGUUCUGUUCCCUCUUGCCACUUUGUAGUUGGGCUUAUUUAAAGGAAAAUAAAGGUUUUGAUAUUUUCAGUGGGCUUACUUUUGAAAUAUCAUGCAAAUGUGUGCACGUUCAACAAAACUGUGUCUGAUUUGGUAUACUUUAAAAGUUUGAUGGUGAAGUCAAAAAACAGUUUCAUGUUGCAUAUAACUUGUGAUUAAGUUUCAUUU